GAGGGUUUGUAGGAGGGGCUUAAACUUAUACAUCUCUUAUAUUGAAAGUUCGAGCCAGUGGCUGGAAUAAUUUGUAUUUUAUCCUGAAACUGAACAUUAGCGGCUGUAACCAUCCACCUCUCGCACCUGGCAAUACACCUGCCUGUUGUUACCGUCAACACCCGCACGAGACCUCCGGGCUUCACUAACGCUGUAAGGAUGAAGAUUGAGAAUAGCCUGCCCCGCCCCCAGCUCCCUGAGACUCCGCCCCAGACAGGCCUGCAGUUCACCGUGGCGACGGAGGAGGACUUUGAUGAGAUCAUGGCCAUAAGCCAAGACAUCUACGGAGGGCUGGACUACCUACCGACCCGCUACACCGCCUGGCUAUCCGAGUCCAACCGCACUGUCAUACUGGCCCGCAAGCAGGGCAAAGUGAUUGCCCUGGAGUCGGUGUGUGUGAUUGACGAUGGUGAGACCAUGCUGGUGGAGGGGUUACGUGUGGCCCCCCAGGAAAGGGGGAAGGGCGUGGCAGGGGUGCUGCUACGGUUCUGCUCUCAACUGGUCAAGUCCAAGUGGCCUGAGGUGAAGGUGACCAGGCUGACCCGCGACGACCAGCUGGGGCCCAAGGACUUCCAGAAGUACCGCCUAAUCACCAAACAGGGCAUACUGCUGGUUCGCUUCAACGCUGAAGAUCUCAAGCUCCGGCUCUCCGAACUGGGACCAGUUGUGACCCUCCCCACCUACUCCGAAGGUACCCCCCAGGGUUCUGACACCCCUCUGGUUCCCCCUGUCCUUCUGGACCUCAACGAGGCCCACCAGAUGUUCCUCAACUCGGGCCUGAUGUCCAACGUGCUCCCUAACGCUACCAUCGUCCAGGACUGGCAGCCGUUCAAGCCAGUGCCCAGCAACAUGGUUAUUCUUCUGAAGAAGGACAUCGACUGGAUGGUGGACGACCGCUACACCCCCACUGUGGCCAGCCUGUGCACCCACCCCUUCUGGGUUCCUGGAGGUCCUCGCGGAGUUGGGACGGACACGUACUACCUCAACAUCGACGUGUUUGGCAAGGACAUAGGCCUGGUGCUCCAUCAGUUCCUGAGUCACCUGAGGCGCCACGCCACCACCCUGAAGGGGCACGUCAUGUGCCAGAUGUUCCUGGAUCCUCCCAUGUGGAAACCCAUGGCCGAAUUCUGUUGCCAGACACUGAAUGUGGAGCUGGUGAAGGAAUACACGGAGCAAUGCGUGGUCGAGUCGGAUGUCGUGUAGCCCGGAGGAAGAGGAAGGAGGAAGAGGAAGAGAGGAGACAAGAUGGAAGAAGAAGUAACAUGAAAUCAUUUUAAGAGUUUCCAGAGGCCCAAUGAACGAAUGAACCUCAUUCUCUUUAGAAAAUGAAAUGGAAAAGUUCCCCAAGAAAGUUCAGAAGGAUUGGCUACAACCUCGCUAAGCAACAAUAGCCAAACACCUCAGAAGCUGUAUAAUAUUUGCAAUAUGUUUGAUUUGAACACUACCGCUAACAGAAAUAUUUCACACAAAAAAAAAGGCAGCUACAUGAAAUACUUUUGACUAAUUAGUUUGAAUUAGCUUCUCACCGUUUGUUUUUUAACCAUUCAGUCAUUUACACAAGUCUAGCUCUUAACAACAGGAUGCUAAUGUUAUUCCUUUUAAAAAGAAAAAAAAGACAAAUGCCAGCUAGCUUGGAGAAUAUCAUGCCUUUCAAUCCUUUUAAUGUAAAUAUAAAGUAUAAAUAUGUACACAUUCUGAAUUGCAAAUAAGUCUGCACAACUCUUGAGGCACUUUAUGAAACCAUAUGGGCUGUUGUGCUAAAGUGCAAGUGAUGGCGGGAGGAGGAGAGGAGUCGUUUAACUUUUAGAAAUAACAGAAUAUAACUGAUUCAGAACGCAUCACUCCCAUGGUAACGGUAGAAAUCCUUAUGGACCUAUUCUAUCCAACACCAAAUCCCAAAAUACUGUCCAACAAACAAUAGCCCUUCAGUGAAUCUUACAGAGCAUUUGCACGCUUAUAAUUCACACAAAAUGGCUGAAACGGAACAGCUAUAAUUACACUUAGCUUAUAACACUAAAACAUGGCCAGUUUGCAUUUAAAACAAUUUCUUUCUUUUUUUUAAACAAUUGCUCAGUUGUUUUAUUUUUAUGUUUUUAAGCACUUAAUCAUAUUGCUAAUUUAUUGUUACUUUUCCUCGUGUACUUGAAUGCAACCGUAGUAUCUAAAGAGGUAAUAUUUUAUCAGCAGAAGCUUUCUGGAGGCUUUCUAAUACUUAAUGUGCAAUCCAAGCUUACUCUAUAGUACAUUGCUAAUAGUGUGAAAAAGGGAGCUGUACUUACUUUACAGUAAACCACAAAGACUAAAACAAUUUAACUAAUAUAGUUCUGAUUGACUUAACAUUAACAACAUUGUUCAGUAGCUAGAGAAAUAUUUCCAUGGUAAAUGUCGCCAUCGCAAAUAUUAGCUGACAACCUUUGUAAAGACUGAAUUGUAGUCCCUCAUCAACAUAGACUCAGUCAUCAGACAUGCUGUGAAACAGCCCUCUGAAACCAUUUUAAGCUUCGUGGCCACUCUAAGAUGCUUCAUAACCCCUCUACGAAGCUCCAUAGCUACCCUAAGAAGCUUCAUAAGCUUUGGGACAUGAUCAGAGCUCAGAUAAGCAAAUGGGACACCCUUUGCUCUCGAAGGUUUCAUAACCACUCUACUAAGCUUCAUAGCCACUCUAAGAAGCUUUAUAAGCUUUCGGCUCUUGAACGUUCCCUUUAAGACAUGAUGCCCUUGACACUACGUAGCGCUGAAUGAGCCUGCAUUGCGACCCCCAACUUGAGACUAAAACCACUACAGAUCAGUUACUGGCCACUUCCCUGACUCCAACCUGCCCUCGUUGUAAAGGGGACCUUGUUAUAAAGGAUGGAAUGGACGGAGGAAGAGAAUAGCUUCUUCUUUUUUUGGUAGACUGAUCAGUGGUUUGCCUGUCUUUCCCUGACUCUAAAGGACGAACGCACUCACCCAUGAUAAAUGAAGGAUUUAGGACUGGAUCAAUAUCGGACGAUGGAUGAGAUGCCCGGAGAAAGUGGAAUGAAGAAUGAAGCUAAUUACAUACCGGAUUCCAUAUUCUUCAAACCAACAAAACAAUACUUUGUCAAGGCUGACAAUGAUUUUCUCAGUUCUCUGAGAAGCACUUCCUAUUUUUUUCACCGAUCGAAGAAGCAAACAUGGACUGACCCCCCUUCUUUUGCUGUGGCGAGUCGUGAGGAAGCCAAAGAUGAAGAUGAAGAUGUGAGUGGCCUGACUCCAGUGGCGAAGAGAAGAAGCAGUACACAAUCAUUCCUACACCACCCCACCCUUGUCUCUAAAGGCAUUCCCCUACACAGCGUACGAAACCCCACAUGAAACCCCCCAAUCAAAUCAUUUCUAAGAAAUUCUCCAUCAUAUGGGAAGGUGGAGCUUUUCCUCACAAGCCCAUACAACCCCUCUCUCUGUCCAUCUCUCCUCAUGAAUAGAUUGAAGACCAAUUUAAAGCCACUGAGUUUAAAACAUCACUAUGUAGGUUAUCUAAAUCUCUUGGCUGGUCAAAGGUAAGGUUCCCUGGAUGCACUGUCGUAUCCAUGCCGACCAUCUGGUGUAUGUAAAUGAUCUUGGAGAGCGUGCUUUCCUGCUGCUAGUGUGUGCCCACAAGACCAGAUGAUUUACCAAACGUAUUGUUCAGAAAACCGCCUAGUUAAAUUUCUCCCUAUUUUUUUUAAAGCUGGUUUGAACAAUUCAGAUUUUGGCUUCUUAGGCUACGCCACAACACGAGAGUAGUCAUUUUGAAUUUACCUUGGUGGUGGUUGGACAUUUAAUGAAUAGAGCUCAGUGUAUUUACAAAAAGGUCACUGAGAUGGGAGAAUAUGAGCUAAUUUGUCUCUUUGAUUUUAAAAACAUUUGAAAAACUCCAGUCCAGUCCACACCCUAUAUCUGUGUCUGUCUGUCUGCACGAUUGGCAAAUGGAAAGCAGUUCUACUGUUACUUCAUGUUCUCCUUAUCUCGCCAUGGUAAAGAUGGAGCUUUCAGUUGUUAAAAGCAUCUGAGUGCGAGUGGGGAGUGUGAUUUUAUAAUUCCACAGUGUCAUGGUGGUGUUGGUGUUAGUGGUAGUGGACUUUGCAUGGUCACAGACACACAGUGUUGCAUUGUAUGACUGCCGAUAUACCCUGCAGAGUCCACAGAUCAACUGAUCCAAUGGCUUUCCAAGAGCAUAUGGCUAAAAUGGAUACCAGUACACACCGCAGCACGUCCAGGGAUACGACAGGCUGGAGGGUAUUUGGUUGGAGGGUGAACACAAUCUUUGAUAUGUGAUGCACACAGACAUGUAAUAAAAACUUAAAAACUAUUCCCACAGCCUCACCACGCCCAUGCAAUCUAUUGCCCAAAUGCCCACUACUUACCCACCCAACAAGAUGUUCUAAUCAAUGUUGUAUCCACUACUGCGAUAGGGACAAGGUUGUUGUCAUUCAAACUGCCUCAGUCCUCAACAUACCCAUCCAGUAAAGACUAUAUCCCACCUACACUCCAUCUUCAUACGGACUAGACAUGAUGGUUUUUAUCUUAAUUGUUGUCUGGUGAAUUGGUGGUUUGUCACCUGGUAUAUUUCUGUACUGUAUAUUUCUAUAUUUGACAUGCAGAUAUAUGCACAGUGUUUCAGGGGGAUGUGAAUGUUGAAAUAAGAUGCAGUACUGUAGGUGUCUUUUGCCUUGUUCUUAAAGGUACGUUUUGUGUGUUUGAGGGAAAGCUCGAAGGAGAAUGUUUGGUAGAGAUCCAAGGAGAUUUGAUUGGUUAUAGAGUGCUCCAAAUCUGAUAAUUCCGGACUCAUUCCAGAAUUAAAAUAAUUCUGGGCACUCUUAAAAGAUUAUGUAGCAGUACAAGUCAUCCACUGUUGUAAAAUGGGAACUCUCCUUCCUUCCUUGUCCCCCAUUCCACACAAACACAGCCGAGAGAACAAAUGGUGUUGAACCAACAGCUUUGGGAAUAGAUAUGAUGAACAAGGUCGAUGUUUAAGGGUUUCCUAAAGCACUGUGUAGUAGUAUGUGACAUGCAUUUUUACAUGUGAAAGAUACUGUAUGGUUAUGUACUAAACCAGGAGGAGGGUAUUUAAUGCUCUCCCUUGACUAGGGGGUUCUUAACACAAUGAGGUUACUGUUACUGCACUGGGCUGCCAUUGAGUCGGAGCUCGGUCUGAGGGCGGUAAAGUAAGCACUUUGUUCAGCCGAUUCCAUUGGCUCUCUGCUGCUGUGAUAAUGGCGGGGAGGGCAGCAGGGUGAAGUGAAACCGAAAGGAUGUGACAUCAGUCAUUCAUAGGUCUAACUGAACAGCUGGUGUGUUCUGAUGUGUUCUGUCGCGCUGUCAUCGUUGUCAUCGUCGUCAAGGUCGAUGUUAAUCAGCCACCGUUAUGGAGCAAACAUUAGAUUGAGACUAAACACCCUGUGUGUCAUCAGUUCAAGCGCACUGUGCUUGUCCAUUGCCGCGACAGACGAAGAACCGAUCACACGCUAUUAUUGAAUCAUUUAUCGUUAUGAAUCUGAUUGCAUGCUUAGUUCUAUAUUUGCUGAUUAAACAUAAAUAUCAUAUCCCCCCCCCCCCCAAAAAAAUAGAUAUAUAUUUUGAUGUACAAACCGUACUUCAUUUGAUGGCUGGUUAUCAUUUAGCUGUGACUCUGUGUUCUCUAAUUGUACAAAUGUAUGCAGGUGCUUUGUGUCUUUUUAAAAAUACUAAUGAUUUCCUCUUAUAUACCUUGUAUUCCACCCAUCCCAUUCUUUUCAUUUUAACUCCUCACCGCGUUUCACUUUGUUCUUACAACCGUCACGACAUUUCAUCUCUUUAAAUCUAUACUUGGGAGAGAGGGAAGGAGGGAUGGUGUGGGUGUUGUGGAGGAGGAGAUGAGGGAGUUUCUCUCUGUCUCUUAUUGUAGUACCUAAGAGGCAAAACCAGGGGAGGAUGGUUACAGUAGGUUACAGAACCCUGAAAAAUUAUAUGAAGCUUUGUCGCCAAGCUAAGAUGCUUUAUAACCACUCUAUGAAGCUCCACACGGUAGAGUCUGAUCUUUAACCCACAUGCACAGUAUGUGGGUAAAAGUUCAGACAAAAAACGUGGGGUAGACAGAGAUAGCAAGAGUAGGGAGAGGUGAAUGACAAUAGAGGACCAGGCCGGUCAAACUAUUUAUAUCUACUACAUUGUUAUGUAUCCACACUAUGUACCCUUCCAGUGUCUAGGGCAGAGCACAUGACUUCCUGGUUCUCUAGCUACCCAUGGACAGCAGGUGUAAAACACUGGUGACAUCACUCACAACGCUGACAUUGAGACACUGACUAGACCAGAGCUCUCCAACCCUGUUCCUGGAGAGCUACCCUCCUGCAGCUUUUAAUUCAACCCCAGUUGUAACUAACCUGAUUUAGCUUAUCAACCAGCUGGGUUAUUAGAAUCAGGUUCGGCGGUUUAGGGUUGGAGUGAAAUCCGUGAGGACGGUCGCUCUCCAGGAAUAGCGUUGGAGAUCCCUGGUCUAGAGUCAGUGUGUCUCAAUGUCAGCGUUGUGAGGGAUAGACUGUCACCAGUGUUUUACACCUGCUGUCCAUGGGUAGCUAGAGAACCAGGAAGUCAUGUUAAAGCUGUUCUGUUUGCAGACUGAGGCUGCGUUCAGAGUGAACAUCUAUUCCCUACAAAGUGCACACUAGGCAAUAGUGUGCCAUUUGGGACGCACAAUCAGUGUCCUUUCCAAGCUAAAAUACAUUUGGCUUAUCGUUGAAACCCCUAUGGUGAGGUGAGAGCCAGCAAGGUUUGUAUUUAUAUCUAUAGGCUAACUCCACAUGAGAUGGAGUUGAAGGCCCGUCACCUGCUGAUAUUAGGAUACAUGAUACAGUAAGGCCCCUUAAACACACACUCACACACACACACACACUUUAUACACAGACAGAGGAGUCUAAUUCCUCUCCUAAACUGCUUACUGCUUAGCCAGUGACAUUUAAGAGGCUACGAUGACACGUUAGCUAGAGUUUCAGAUUUGUGUGUGUGUGGGUGCGUGUGUAGAUGUGUAGAUGUGUGUGUGUGUGAGUGAGUGCGUGUCUGUGUGUGUAAUCUGUCGAUGUGUCACAGUGUCUGGUUGCACGGCGAGAGACACAGAGACCCUUUUCAGACAGAUUUCUCAGCUGGUUGUGAAUGGAAAGUCUGGCUGUGUCCCAAAUGGCACCAUGCUAGGGUACCACUUUUAACUAGGGACCAUAGGGAAUAGGGCGAGAUUUGGGGCAACAACUCUGCGAAAGAGAGAACGGGGGGAAGGGGCAGAGGAAAAAGAGGGAAGGGGGAGAGGUUAGGGAAAAGAGAGAGAGUUUUUCAGAUGCUUGUUGUGGGUUUUGGAGAGAGACAGAUGGGUACCUACAGUACUGUCUGGUUUUAUGGCUGUUGGAAGCUGCUGCUGGUGAAAGUGGUUUUGGCUGGGUGUUUAAUAAGGAUCUAGGACUGCUUGGAAUGGAUUCAAACAGCUGUCUCGUCCAGUUAUUGGGAUCGAGUAGCCACGAGUAAUGUAGAUGUACACACACACACACACACACACACACACUUGCAACAUAUGUAACACACACCCGCACACACACGCUUGCACAUUUAACACAUCUGAAAACUAUUUUUUCAUAAUCCUAUUUUUCUAUAUCUUCUAAAUGAGUAAAAUCAAAGACCCUAAUGCAUGUUUUAUUCUGGCCUUGUCAACUUCAGAAAGGGCUGUUGAAUUGAUAUUUCAUUUUGUUCUCGGUUUUUCAUCCAUUCAUUUAUUUGCUUAUUUAUCCUUCUUUUAACCCUCUGUAUUCAGACACAUCUUAAUCUAUGACAAAGAUUAGGAUCAUUUUGUGACCCCAUUUUUGUCUGAACCUGGGAAAGGAAUCAAGAAGAAAAGCACAAAUGAACCCUUGAUUGCCUGACUACUAGCAAAUAUAAAGUCUUUGCCAAAUUAUAAAUUCAACCUACACCACCAUCAAAACAAACCUGGAAAUAAACUGGAAAGACACAACAAAACUGAAAAGGCAGCUGGAAUUGACCAGUGGGUACAAGCUUUUGAAGUAUGUUCUUCUUAAUGUCCUGCUUAAGGGAAAAACGAAGAAAAAACCCUGUGAAAAAAACAAAACAAUCUUACUAAUCUAAUCUUACUACUUGGCCAUACUGCCAUACCAUGCCGAUGCCUCUUUUGUGAACAACUACUGCAUGUGUGCUCUUGUGCAAUUAUCUCUUAUGUUACUGUUGAUGAGAAAUACUGUAAGGAACAUGGGAGUGGUAGAAACCGUAGGAAUAGAAACAUGGCCGCUGUUACUGUUGAUUUGAAUGUGAAUGGCCAUUCUAGGAAUUCUAUUUCGAUGGGUGAGAAACGCAGCUGGACCUUCUACCCUAUCAAUCUGUGACCAUGCAUAUAGCCCAAGUGUUGUGAUACCUAAUGAUGCUAACCGUGCUACAUGCAUGUUAUCCAACCCAAAUUAUCAUCUGACUGUCCUGCAUAUACAAUACAGUAAUAUAUGUGGCCUGGUCACGUUCACGUGUACAUUGUAAAUAACCUAAAAGCCUAUCUAUCCAUCUGAAGGGAAGAAAACAAGACACAGCAUAUUGUAAUUUUGUACGUUUGAACAGAGAUUUUAGAUGCUAUGUGCAAGAUAAAAACAAACACUAAAACACAGUUUCUGGUUAUGUCUCCACACCCAAGUUCUGAAAACGUUUUAUAUGGGGAAUGAUUGUUCUGUAACACCAGAUGUAAAGGGGGGGGGGGUAGAUUUCUGUGUAACACCAGACAUGGUCAUUCAGUGGGUUUUCAUUCAAUUCAAUUCAAAGUUAUUAGAGCUUUGUGAUGAAAUAGUCCACCAGCACAUUCAUUCCUUAGGUGAUGUUGAGUGAAUACUCUUACUCCGUUUCCUUAUUUCUUUCUUCUUCACAUCCAAACAUGUAAAGAAAAUAAACAGCAUAUUAUUCCCUUUAUAAGGUGGAAUCCCCCUGAACACUGGGGUUUUUGGGGUCUGAAGUCGUACCAAAGACUUCUCAGAUGGUCUCCCAAGGCAACGCAGCAAAGACCCAACUGUCAAUCUAUAUAUUAUUGUUAUCAGAAUCAGCUUUGGUUAUCUAUGAUAACAAGGUCCAAACACAGCUUCUCUGUACGGCCUACUAUACAAAUUCUCCUAAAUGUACCUGUGCAGAAAUUGACCGAUUCCAAUAACUGCUGAGCCUGAAAGAGAUUUAACAAUAAUUAGAGAUAUUUUGAGAUUAGAUAUAUCUGGAUACGCUGAAUAAUCAAAUUAAACAAACAGACAGCUGAGGUCAAAGACAUGGCCGCUGUUGCUCAUGAUUGUUUUUAUCUUUCAACAACAAAAAAUAUUCACACUUACCUUGCCAAGCUUUCACUAUAGCGGUCCAACUAAAUGACCAAUGUCUGAAUAAACAUACAUACCUUAUAUAGAUUUAGGUUAGGUGAAAAUGCCCAGACCUUGACCCCUGCUCGGGACCACCAAGGUCAUAGGUCAAAGGUCAUAGAGCAAAGGUUAUGGUUCCGGAGUUUUCAUUUAGCCCUUUUUCCUUGAUAUGGCUGCAGCUGUUGAGUAUCCGCUAGAGUUUCACGAUUAUAUACGGACGCACAGUACAGUGUAAAAUAUAUUGUACGUUGACGCCUAUAUGUCAUUGACUCACAGUUAUAACAGGUUAUAACCAAGAUCCUGUGAGAUAAAAGACAGGAUACAUUUUCAUUCAUCUCGUAACUUUACAGUUUUAAAUCAUUUUAGUGAGACUUCUCAUUGGAUUCACAGCUGUGUGUCUGUCGAGGUGGUAAAUACAGUGGUCAUGCCAUUUGAAGGUAUGUUGAUAAUCUGGAAAAAAUGUAUAAUUUUUUUUCUUGGUCCUUCUAUUCAUUUUAAUAUUUUAUUUUAUACCCAACUUUCUCUGCUUAUUCUCAAGCGGUGAUUUGGAGAAUUUUCUUUUUGAAUUUUUUUUUUCUCGUUUUUUAAAUUUAUUAUUAUGUUUUUUGAUUGUUAUUAUUUUUCAGUUAUCAGAAGCUAUUUUUUUUUGUGAGACUGAGAUACAAAACUAUUUUAAAUACAAUACUUAAAAAAACAACUUUACAAUCUACGAGAGAUCUAUGGGAUGUGUUUUUUUUUUCUCCAAUUCGGAUGCAAAAAUGUGUGUAUGUUGGGGAUUGACGAUGGGUAUGGAACAGAAACAUGUGGCUAGGUUUACACGGAGUCCGAACACACUCAGCAUAAUACUUAAGAAACGUCUUAAGACAAUACGUAAGAUGCUAAUUAAUAAGAUAUGCAUUUUUACUUUGUCUAGGGAAAUACUUAUUCCUGUUUUGACCUAAUAUUUGAGUUAUGCAUUUUUUAAAGUUGUCAAAACUAGACAGGUUAGCUAGUAUUAUUAACGUUGUAAAAACUAGACAGGUUAGCUAGUAAUAUUAACGCUGUAAAAACUAGACAGGUUAGCUAGUAUUAUUAACGUUGUAAAAACUAGACAGGUUAGCUAGUAUUAUUAGCAUUGUAAAAACUAGACAGGUUAGCUAGUAUUAUUAACGUUGUAAAAACUAGACAGGUUAGCUAGUAUUAUUAACGUUGUAUAGAUAUUAAUGUUGUGCUACUAUUAUUUUGGGGGAAAGUAUAGACUUAGGUAUGGGGCACAGGAUAGAUGUUAAAGUUAAAUAAGACACCUCACACACACACACUCCCAAAAUGAUUUUUCAGUGUAAACCUAGCCAUAUACUUACAUGGAAUACCAUUUUUUGAAUGCUUUAUAAUCAUAAAAUGAUGGCUACAAACGGGUUAGUAGUAGUAUUUAGUGAUAAAAAAAUAUAUAUUUAAAAUUUUGCUUGCGUUUAUAUAAUAUUGUUGUAGUAUUAGUAAUACUGUAAAAAAAAUGUGUACAUUUCAACAUACCUCCCUUUCUCUCCAUUCUCUGGAUAAGUAGUUUGAUCAAGGACAUUUUAACAUCUACAAACAUAUAAACCUUAUUAAGUGUAUAUUGCAACAUUGUUAAGGACAAAACAGCCGUGGAACAAUUAUAGAAACUAUUGUGAAGUCAAGUCCAGGCUGUUUAUGUAUGUAGUAGUAUUUGAGUAGUAUUUUUGUAGUAGUAUAUUCUGAGAUGAAGUAAUGAUGAAAGUAACAAACAUGGCAGAAAUGCAUAUUGUUAGAAAAUGAAACUCCGCACUACAGACGGACGUUUUCAAAAGUUCUUUGUUGGUUGUUUCUUUAUUAUUAUUUUUGUUCUUUUCUUUAAAUUUCUUUUUUUACUUUCUCUGUUCAGAUUGUUGCCUUUGUUAGGUGUUGUCAGCUAAAAAGAAAACAUUUAAAAAAAAAACGAAACAACAAGUGCAUGUCAAAAUGUUAUGCUCUUUCUAUAUAUUAAAAGAGCUCACUUUUUGUGUUAGAGUUACGGAAAUUUACAAGGACAAAAAAAAACAACAAAAAAACAAGAGAAAUAAAGGUGGGGUGGUGA